AUGACGCUGGCAACAGUGACGCCAGCUUUGACUGAUGCAGAAUACAUGUACUCCUGCAUAAACUGUGGGUUUCACCCCCCUGUGGUAGUUAUGGACUUACACAGAAAAGGGGUGUUCAAGUUAGCAGUGAGUGACCUCAAAGUUCCGGAAGACUUCAAUAGUGAACAUGACACUGAAGGUUUUUGGAACUCUAUUCACCUGGAAAUGAUAAGCCGUGGGUUUUUUCCAAGCGGCGUGAAGAAUCCAUUUUCAGUUCCACCAAGUUACACGCACUGGGCACCAUGGAUCGGGAGGGAAACUCGAACAAGUGACAUUGUGCUUAACACAGAGUUUCAAAAAGUAGGAACAAGCUCUUCACAUGAAGCAAAGCUUAGCAGUGUCACAGGAGACCGUCUGUUGGAUGAACUUGCCAAACAAAAGGUUGGAGUGGUAAGAAAAUUGUGUAAAGCAUGCAACAUCGACUCCAAAGGCUCCCGCUUUGAUCUCAUCACCAGACUGAGGGAGAAGAUGAAGAGCAGGCAGACAUAUGAUAAGGUCUUUCAAACCAUAUGGGGUGCCUCUGGAGGAUGGUCUGUAAUACUAUGUCCACAUGGCAUUGUAUACAGUGUUAAAUUUAAUCUUCGUGCUGAAAGUCCCCGGGAUUUUGCUGACCUUCUCCUGUCCUGGAAGCACAUGCCAAACGUCUGUGUUUACGAUUUUGCGAGGAGUUUGGCGGCACACACCAAUUUGCUGGUUCCUGAUAAACUGCCAUUUCAUCCACAUGAAGGUCGACUGGUUGAGCCCACUGAGGAAAAUGUCAAGGCUGCACAGGAUGGAAGCCUGAAAGUGAAUCUUUUAUGGCUACAUGAAAGGAUGGACGGUGUAAAUGAAAAUCCUCAUCCUGUCACUGGAUCAUCUGACCAUUAUGUCCUGUAUGACAGAUUUCAUGAGGGAAAUACAAAAGAUCCCAAGGACAUAUUACGCAGAAUUCAACUUGUCCCAGAGCUGAAAGGCUGGCUGAACAGUCAAGUUGUUGAACAGUUCUUUGCAAACAUGAGGAAAAGCAAUUACUUUUUAAGUAACAUGAGUCCAUCCACACAUGUGUUUCUGAUGAGAAAUAUAACUCAUCAUUAUAACACUGUCAUCAACAAGAAACUUCUGGAGAGGCAGCUAAGACAUGGUCGACUUGGAAAGAUCAAUAUCUCAUUGUCGGCACUGGGUCAAGCUGUCGUAGCCCCACAGGUGUGCAAUAAACCCAGAGAAACCACAGAAACAGUGUUGAACCCAGCACCUUCACUGUCUGGUGACACUGAUUGGAAAUGGCUGUUUUGA